AUGGGCCUGUCCAACAUUCUUCGUGUCCCUGUUCACCGCAAUGCCAAUUACAAGGCGGAUGGCACCAAGUCUCUCGUCUACCUCUUUCACAAAUAUGGCAUCGGUCCCACCAAGGCCGGACGAUUCCAUCGCAACCAUGAACACGUCUUGAUGAAACGACAAAUUGAUGGCUCUUCUGCACAAGUCACGACGGACGACCAGCAAAAUGAUGCCUUCUACACCUGCCCUGUUCAAUUUGGAACUCCGGCACAGACUCUUGACCUCGACCUUGACUCUGGUUCGGCUGACUUAUGGGUUUGGUCCACUCACCUUCCCUCCAAAACCGUCGAAGCUGCAAUGGCCUCCGGAGCUGCUGUCUUCGACCCCGACAACUCAUCCACCUUCAAAGGCAUGCCUGGAAGCACGUGGCAAAUCCGUUAUGGAGACAACUCUGCAGCCUCGGGAACAGUGGGAACCGACAAUGUCAAGAUCGGAAAUAUCACCAUUGAAGGCCAGGCUGUGGAACUUGCGAGCAGGAUCUCGAGCCAGCUUCAGAAUCAAACUGAGUCCCGCGGUCUCUUCGGAUUGGCUUUCGGCAAGAUCAACACCGUCCGCCCAAAGGCCGUCCACACUCCUCUCGAAAACAUGAUUCUCCAACAAGACAUUCCUGCCAGUCAAGAGCUCUUUACCUGCUAUUUGGGAUCAUACAAGGACAAGAAUGACCCAGACCAUGGCCAAUCGUUCUAUACCUUCGGCGGCAUUGAUGAAGGCGUGGUCCAGUCGUCUGGCCAACCGAUCUCGUAUACCCCUAUUGACAACAGUGAAGGGUUCUGGAUGUUUAGCUCACCCUCUGUGGUGAUCAACGGCGUAGCCAUUGAGCUGCCAAACAAUCAGGCCAUUGCAGACACCGGAACCACUUUGAUGCUGGUCACGGAUCAGAUCUGCGACCAGAUCUACGGUGCCAUUGACGGUGCAGAGUACAGUGAAGACGCGAUGGGUUGGGUGUUUCCUGCUGAUACUCCUGCCGAGAACCUUCCCACUGUGUCGUUCGCCGUCGGCAGCAAACAGAUUGUGAUUGAGAAGGAGCACUUGUCUUUUGCGGCGUACAACAGUACCAUGGUCUUUGGAGGAAUCCAAUCUCAGGGCAACUUGAACUUCAACAUCUUCGGCGACGUCUUUCUCCAGGGUGUCUAUGCUGUCUUUGAUGCUGGAAACAAGCAGUUCGGUGUCGUCCAACGUGCCGAUCCUACUCCUGAUGGUCCUCAAGCAUGA